AUGGAACGGAAAUCAAUAGAAAACUCUUCACCGGAAGAGGGGGAUGUGUUUCACUUUGAGUCCGAGCACCUUGCCCUUCGUGGCAACCAGUGCUAUGCCAAGUUGCUGCGCACAAUAGCCGUGCUGCAGGCUCAAAGGAUUCACGUUCAUAAGCAGAUAGAUGAGCUGGAAGCGACGCAGAAGGUCUUCUUGGAUAACCCACAGCUGAUGCUAGACAAACUGCGGAACAACGAGCCCUUGAUAUCGGAUAAAUACAUUACUACGGCUGUGUUGCCGGUGUUGCCCACAUUGAGCGCCACUGAUGAAGGAGGUGGCGUAAACGAGACUCCAGCGGGGGCUUCGUGGACGCAACCGCCGGACGAGAUUAGGGACAGGAGCAGCGGCCGGUCAGAGAACUUCAACCGCUUGUGGACCAACGAAGAGCAGCGCCGUUUGGAGCAGCUGCUCAUCCAGUAUCCGCCGGAGGAGGUGGAAAUGCGACGAUUCGCCAAGAUAGCCAAGGCCUUGGGCAACCGCACACCCCAACAGGUCUUUAGCCGCAUCCAGAAGUACUUUCAGAAACUGCACGACGCCGGCAUGCCGGUGCCCGGACGGAUUCCCAAGCACCGGAGGCCGGGGCUUAGUAAGCCCAAGGUCAACUUACGUAGGUCAACGUUCUUUCCCGCCCAGAACAUAUCGCUGCAAAUGCCGGAAGACGAGUGCACACUGGAUGACAUGCGGGUCCUUUCUCCUGCCAACGAGAUGCUCCUGAUGCCAGCAUCCUCGCAAAUCAAGGUCGAACCUAAGACCGAGCCCGAACCCGUAGAUGCCGAUCUGGAUGCGGAGACAAGGCGCAAGCAGGAAUUGCGUCUCAAGCUUCUGUCAACAAUCCACGACGAGAAGGAGCAGAUCGAGAAUGGUUACGAGCCCGAUCCGCUGGCGCCCAAGUGCGCCGAAUGCGAGGAGGCGUCUGUCACCAGGACCCAAUGGCGUUGCAAUAGCUGUUAUUGUCACCUGAAUCUGUGCGGAGACUGCUUGGCCAGCCAGUUGAUCGAAGGACGCUUCGAACACUUGAGCCACGAAAUUGUGGUGGACCAAGAAUCACAUACUUCGUCCUUCACUGAGGACGAGAAUCGGAAUGUUCGCGUGGUAGUCGAUUUGGUAAUACUGGAAGUCACACUUAAGCUCCUGGUUGUUGAUGAGAUGAGCCAAGUGCUGUAUGGCAAGAACGCCAUUGGCCUCCAGCUUGCCCUGAUGCAUGCACGUCUCAUCGAGCACGAGAUGUGUACCCGGCACGGACACGACAAACAUGGUGCGCCUCUCGCCAUGCACGUUGCCCUCGGCGUUGUAGUCGAUCUCCUCACCAGCGGCCAGUUUCAAGCAGUCUCUAUACUUUCCGCCCUGCAGGCGCUUGCCACCAUCAGGGGACUUCACCUCGUAGCGCUCCAGGUAGAUCUCCGGAUCCAUCAUGUCCUGGAUCAUGCCCCGAAACCGCACCAGAGUCUGAUCCUUCAGUUUGUGCAGUGGCGUGUAGUUCAGCAGGGGAAUCGAGUGCCAGCGGCUGGGGUCCUUGAGCAGGUCCUUGUGCUGGGCGUCCAGUUCAUCGGGCGUGCUAGGCAGAUCCAUGGCACAGGGCAUUGUUUGACUCGUUUACGAAUGAAAUUGCUAAGUUACUUCAAGCCUAGCCAAAAACAGCUGCUUUUGGCGCGCCAAUAUCGGAUAGUAGCAUUUCGAUUGCGGCCACCGACGCGUCUAUCGAUAGCAGACUUAUCGAUUUUUGGGAAUCCAGGGCUACCGAGCCUCUGCCGCAGAACGGAUGUAGAGGCGGAUGUGGACAUCCGCAAAAAGUGUACAAUUCUUGGGAUUUGCCAAAGCCCCAGAAACAUGAGCAAGAAGAGCAAUGUGUGGCAGUUCUUCUACAAGGCCUCCGACACGGUGGCCACCUGCUGUCUCUGCAACAGAAACUACUCGAGGAAGGGCCGCGGCACCACCUGCCUGCGGAACCAUCUGAAGAGCAAGCACCCAGGAGAGUUCCUAACUCUUUCCGAAGACAUAAAGUACUUGGACCUGGUGAAGAGGGAGAUCUCCAACAGCUCGCCCCAGCAUCCCACGGCACAGUUGGAACUAAACUUGCACGAAACAGAUCCCGAUCCUUUGGACACUGAGGGUAUUUCCUGCGUGGCCCGCUGUGAUGAAAAGUUGGCCCUGAUGCUUCUAAACCACUCCUUCGAUGUUAUCAAAGAACCCGGGUUCGUAAAUUUUGUGAGGGUGCUGCAGCCGAGGUAUGUGGUCCACUCAAGGAGCUACUAUGAGAAUAUACUGUGUAAGGAUAUACACAGGAAAAUGCAAGAGCACAUACAGCAGCAGGUGGAUCUGCUGGAUGUCAUCUCUUUGUCCACCAGUCUUUGGUGGGGUGACAAAGGUGGAGGACUGCUGAGCCUGUCUUGCUCUGGAAUAUCAAUGGAUUUUCAGUUUCACCGCCAUGUAUUGAAGUGUGAGGCCUUAAAUUAUGAAAGGACUUCUAAGGUGGCCUGUUGCGUUCGGGAUCUAAUACCCAGCCUGACGAUAGAGGUUCCCAAAGAGAAGACCCACUGCAUCAUCAGGGACGAGAUGACUGCUCUGCCAGGAUCACUUCCCGAUUGCAGUGUAAAUCGUCUGCAGAUGUGCGUGAGAUUUGCUUUACAGUCGAACGAGUUGCUUCAGAAUCUUGCAUCGAAGUGCAAGCAAAUAGUGGACCAUUUUGCUUCUUGUAAGAUGGCCCAAGAUCAUCUAAAGUUCAUUCAAGAGAUUCGCCUCACAAGGGAUCCGUGUACACUUAUACCUCAAGUUCCUUUUAAAUGGAAUUCCACCUUCCAGAUGAUGGCCAGCGUAUUCAGGAUGAAAGAUGCCAUUUCGCUGUACUGCGAGGAGUAUAGUUUGGUUCAAAUAUAUCCUGAUGAAUGGAUAGACAUUGACUUGUGCAACAAAGUAAUGCAGCCUUGUGAGGAAAUCAUCAGGAUCUGGAGCAAUCCAUCAACGACAACAUCAUCGGUAAUUCCACUAGUAGCCGCUUUGCGAGAUUCCCUUCGAACAGAUGUGCACAAUUUUGUGUCCUCCGUGACUAUUUGCAGUCUCGCCAGAAAGCUGCUUGAAGAGCUGGAAAUGAAGUUCUCACAUGUCACCAGCGAUAUCAAAUUUUUGGUGGCCACCUAUUUGGAUCCGCGAUACAAGCAAGCUUUCUUUACCGAGCGAGAGGAGCAGUUGGUGGCCAAUGAAGUUUUGCAGAUGCUUUCCAGAGCGCAAGAAGAUCGCCAUGGGCAGCCGCCUUUGAAAACAACCAAAGUAACAUCGUCUAAAAAUGAUUCAAAGAUUGACAGCAUACUUGACAAUAUGCUGACAACUGGCUGCACAAAUACCCAACUGGCAACAACAUCGUUCGGCUCCCAGUCGCAGAUAAAAAAUCUACUAUAUUUAUACAACUCUGAGCCUAGAAUAGAUAGAAACAUGGAUCCCUUGGUGUGGUGGAGGACAAACAUAAAAUACAGUACUAUGUAUGCCAUUGUUAGAAAAUUUUUAUCAGCCCCAGCCGCAAGUGUGGCUAGUAAAAGCUUAUUUAGGCAAUCUGCACACUUGUAUGGCGAUAUUCAAGCGGGAUUGAGCUCCGAAAAUGCAUCCAAAAUAUUGUUUAUAAAGUCUAACUUUAGAUAUUCGGACAGCAAUGAGUAA